AUGUCGGCCACAAAGACGUGCAACAUUGUGGCGUGCAUUGUGGCUGUUGGCGAGUCGGGCGCGUCGGCUGCAGCGGGGAAGGUCAAGCGCGCAGUAGAGGUCAUCGAUGGGGCAUGGGCAGGAGAGUGCUGCGCGGUCGGCGCAGCGGCCGAGGCUGUGGCCGCCGCCUGUGCAGCCGCCGCCGAUGCAGGCGCUGCAGGUGCGCUGGUGGUGGCGAUGGCCGAUGCUAGCGAGACCAGUGUUCAGAGUGUGCUGCAGAUUCUUGUGCAUGUCAAGCGCACAGAGCCCGGAUGGCUGCGGGUGGUGUGGAGCGAGGAGGGCAGCGAAUCGGCAGAGAUUCGUCUUGCGCUCUGCCGCGGCGGGGCGGCUAUGGUGACAGCCAGCGCUACGGCGCUGGACGAGGCGCUGACUCUAGCAGGUGGCGAUGCAGCAGCGCGUAGCGAAGAUCAAGGCGUUGCGUGCCCUUUCUGCGGGGUGAACGGAUUUGAUGAGCUCGGGCUCUGGGCGCACGUCCCACUCUUCCACAUGGUUGAGCGCAACGAAGUCAGCGGCAGCCGAUGCCCGCUCUGCCCUCGGAAGCGGCUGGACGAUCCGUUUCCGGUGCAUCUCUUUACCAAGCACUACCCGCCACACUUGCCACCACAUGAGGAGAACGCGCAACCUGGGCUGCUGUACGCGUUUGCGCUGGUAGUGGUAGUGCGACCGGUCGACGGGGCCAUCCUGGUGGUGCAAGAGUUUGACGAUCAGGGCUUCUGGUUGCCAGGCGGACGGGUGGACCCCGGCGAGGGGCUGGCAGCGGCAGCGGUGCGCGAGACCCGCGAGGAGGCAGGCAUCGACGUACGCCUGACUGGCAUCCUCCGAAUGGAGUUCUUUCCGAGGCCGCGAUACGUCCGGCAGCGGAUCGUAUUUCUGGCCGAGGUCGAAGACCCGAACCAACGGCCCAAGACGGUGCCGGACUUUCAGUCUGCGGGCGCAGCGUGGGCGACGCUCGACGAGCUGCGCCAGGUUUCGCUGCGCGGCUCGGAACCGCUGGUGUGGGCGACGUAUCUCUCGCGCGGCGGGAGAGCGAGUCCUUUGAGCCUCUUGCACGAAGCCGGCGGUGGGCUGCCUCCAGGAGUCACCAACGACGAUAUUGCCUCGUACAAAACGCGCCGCUGA